AUGAUUGCAGUUGCACCCAUUCGACAAUGGAAUAUCUUUCAAAUGUAUGUCAAGAAUGCCUUUUUGAAUGGUGAUCUCCAUGAAGAGGUUUAUAUGUCUCCUCCCCCAGGAAUUCAGCACCAAGCGGGUGAGGACGGAUUCUUUUUGUCCUUAUAUGUAGAUGAUAUGAUUAUUACUGGUGAUGACCAUGGUGGUAUUGAUUCUUUUGAGCAUGAUCUAGCUCAUAGAUUUGCUAUGAAGGAUUUGGGCUUACUGCAUUAUUUCUUGGGUAUUGAGGUAGCUCAAUCUAAGAAAGGGUAUCAUCUUUCUCAGACUAAAUAUAUAUCUGACUUGUUUACACGGGCGUGCCUCUUUGAAAAUCGGAGUGUUGAUACUCCUCUUGAAACCAAUGCACGAUACUCUCCUACUAAUGGUGUUUCUUUGUCCGAUCCGAGUCUUUAUCACGCUGUUGUGGGAAUUUUGGUUUAUCUCACUGUUACUCAUCCGAAUAUUGCUCAUAUUGUUCAUGUUGUCAGUCAGUUUCUUACUGCUCCCACCUCUGUUCAUUGGGGAGUUGUUCUCCGUAUUCCGAGAUAUCUUCAUGCCACUCAGUUUCAGACUUUCUUGUUUCCCUUGAUGUCUUCUCUUGAGUUACGUGCCUAUAAUGAUGCUGAUUGGUAUGGCGAUUGUCAUGAUCAUAAAUCCACCACCGGAUUUUACGUAUUUCUUGGAGAGUCUCUCAUUUCAUGGAAGAGCACGAAACAGGACGUUGUCUCUAGAUCUUCCACAGAGGCUGAGUAUCGUGCUAUGGUUGUGACUACAUGUGAGAUUAUCUGGUUAUGGUGGCUGCUUGCAGAUAUGGGAGUUCACAUUUCUUCACCUACUCCCUUGCAUUGUGAUAACAAAAUUGUGAUACAAAUUGCGAAUAAUUAUGUUUUCCGUCAACAGACAAAGCACAUUGAGAUUGACUGUCACUUCACCCAUCAUCACUUACAGCUCGGAACCAUAUCGCUUCUAUUUGUUUCAUCAACCUUGCAGCUUGUUAUAUAA